AUGCACUUGAUGUUCAAACUCAAGGCUUUGACGUCAAACGAGAUUAGUAUCGCGAACCCCACCCGCACGGGAACGCGGCGUAUUGUGCUUACUUCUAUUGUAAGCUUUAACCGAGAAAUGAAUAAACCAUACCAACUCAAGAUGCAUAAUCAUAAAUUAAUCGAUUCGAAGUUGAUGUAUGGCAGGCUUUUUACGGAAGAACAGUUUAUUGAGAUCAUUGUGCGGGGUACCAUCAAGGCACAUGCGAUUAUUAUGCGAAAAGCCAUCCUGACGUCCUCGAUGCGGGUCGGCGUGCGGCGAGGUAAUGUGCUCCAUCAUACCAUAACGCGGGCAUUCCCACCAACGGAUGACUUGGAGGUAUUAAAAGCAAUGGCGCGCUCGCUCGCGCUGGAAAUCGCACCGUACCGUCAGCAAAAGGGCAUCGAUAAAUCGAAUGAUAUGAACUGGCUUCAAGUGGUGCUUGGCUCCUUGAGUAUUAAGCAAAUGAUCCCUAACCGGCUUGCAGUGAAGCUAAAGGAGGCAGAGGACGAAUUUUUCAUUUGCAUCAAUAUGUUAAGGAAAUUCGGAUUCUGGAGGUUGAGGGAUAACAAUUUAUCGCGUUCAAGAGCUAAUAGCGCACAAAUUAUAUCCCAAUAUGGACUAUUAACCAAAGAAGUAAUGGAAGGGACUAUCAUGGCACCAGAUAAAGUGUCAAAGGGCGAAAAGAUUAUAGAAAUCUAA